AGUACCUUAUUGCAACGCGAAAUUUAUUGAUUAACAUUUAUAAAUAUUUAUACGUCGCGGCAUGUAUUUAAAACUUAACAAGAAAAAUAAUUAAUAUUUAUAUAUGACUUGAAUAAAUACGUGUUGUCAUGCCAAAACCAAAACUCUAAAAAAAACUACCGGUCGGUAAAAUGAUUAAAGACUGUUGUUUUUAUGGUGACUUGAUUUCAGUCAAAUCAACAAGAAAUGAAAAAUAAAGAAUAACAUAUCAUUUUAUAUCAUACAGAAAAAAUUGUUGAUAUACUACCGAGAUUAUAUAAUACAACGUGUCUUGCAAAACAGCUUUAGUCUAAAACGAAACACGAAGCAAGUUGUUGGUUUUAUAACAUUUAUUACAUUUAAAAAUGACAUCGAAAAGUACUUUUGAUUCUAAUUGCAUGACUCUUACGAGAUUUGUUCUUGCCGAACAACGUAAAUUUCCUACAGCAACUGGUGAUCUUAGUCAAUUGUUAAACAGCAUACAAACUGCUGUAAAAGCUGUUAGUUCGAUUGUUAGAAAGGCCGGUAUUGCGAAUAUGUAUGGUAUAGCUGGUAAUAUAAAUGUUCAAGGCGAAGAGGUAAAGAAAUUAGAUGUUUUAAGUAACGAAUUGUUCAUUAACAUGUUAAAAUCUUCUUUCACAACUUCCCUUCUUGUAAGCGAAGAAAAUAAUGAUGCGAUUGAGGUUGAAACAGAAAAACUUAGUAAAUACGUUGUGUGCUUUGAUCCCUUGGACGGUUCAUCGAAUAUCGAUUGUUUGGUGUCAGUUGGUUCGAUAUUCGGAAUUUACAAAAAAUUAGAUAAUACCGAUAGUUCCAAUAUUUCUAACGCUCUUCAGCCAGGUAGAAAUGUAGUUGCUGCUGGUUACGCUCUUUAUGGUUCAGCCACUAUGAUCGUUCUUUCCAUUGGACAUGGCGUUAAUGGUUUCAUGUACGAUCCAGCGAUCGGAGAAUUCAUUUUAACUGAAAGAAAUAUGUCCAUACCAAGUAGAGGAAAUAUUUAUAGUAUUAACGAAGGAAACGAAAGUUUAUGGGAUACUUCUAUAAAAAAUUAUAUACAUUCGAAAAAAUACCCUAAUAAUGGUAAACCGUACAGUGCACGAUACGUUGGUUCAAUGGUUGCUGAUGUACAUAGGACUAUUAAAUAUGGAGGAAUUUUUUUGUAUCCUUCAACAAAGACUAAUCCAAAUGGCAAGUUACGUCUCUUAUAUGAAUGCAUACCAAUGGCUUAUUUAAUUAAAGAAGCAGGUGGUCUAGCAUCAAAUGGGGAAAUCGAUAUUUUAGAUAUAGUUCCCGAAAGUAUUCAUCAAAGAUCACCAAUUUUCUUAGGAUCUAAAGAGGAUGUUCAAGAAGUAUUACAAUUCAUAAAGGAUAAAGCCAAAUCAUAAAAUCGAUUUCAUUAUUUUUGUAUAAAAUUUCUAGUUGAGCAUAUUUAUUAAAUAAGACCUUUGAUAAUAAUGUCUAUGUUUAUUAAUAAAUGCAAUAUUGAAUUUCGAAUGAUUUAUUGAAUAACACAACGAACACAUGAAAAUUAUUGUAUUGGAUGUAAAUUUUAAAUAAAAAAUUGGUGAAAUUAACUAUAA